AUGACUUUUUCCAUGAGUUUCGAGUUACUGGGCUGUGGGGAGGGGAAAUACGGCGGUAAAUGUGACAAGGACUGUGUUUUGAUCAUCGGCAUUGUGCUGGUAAAAAGGGGACUGCUUCAAAAAGGGGUCAAGUUGUGUGACUGUCUUCACAUUUUACAAGAACAGGAAGAUGAGGCUGCGAUUCCACUCCAGCAAGCGUUGGCUAAUCCAGAAUGUCCUGAUCGUAAAACCGCCUCAAGGCUGGCACGUUGGGAACUGAAGAACGAAGAUCUGACGAUACAGAAGUUGAUCGGACAAGGUAGAUUUGGUCACGUUGUGUUGGGUCGACUGAAUGUCCGGGAGAGAGGACAGGUCACAGUGGUAGCCAAGUCUGCAAAUGUCGACCGACUGGAGGAGGGAAGAGGCUGCCAGUGGGACCGGGAUUUUUACCGCGAAGCAGAUAUCCUCAUCGCCUUGCACGAGCACGCCGAGGUCCUCAACGACGGUGAGCGCCGAGUACAUCCUAACAUCAUCCAGCUAUACGGCGUUAUCACCAGCUCGGAACCGAAGCGUAUAGUUCUGGAGUACGUUCCCCGGGGGGAUCUGCGAGGAUACCUUCGGCAGUGUCGAGCUCCGGACUCCGCCGUGACGCUGAGGGAUUUGCUUCAACUGGCCAUGGGUGUGACCAGGGCGCUACAGGAGCUAGAGCUGCUGAAGAUCGUGCAUCGCGACGUGGCGGCGCGGAACGUUCUAGUGGGCGAGGACAACGUUGCCAAGCUGGCAGACUUUGGUCUCGCUCGGUGUGCUACCUAG